UUAACUAAGGUGGAACAAUCAGCAAAUGAAAGUUCAGUUAGAUGUUGGAUUUGAAACACGCUACAGUGCUUAGCAUUUUUUAAAUAAACCAAAGUAAUGUUUGCUGUCUUUACUGUUUGUUUUACAUAUUUGACAAAGGCUGGACUCACGGUACAAACCUCGUCAUGAAGAAUUAUGAGGAGAGUUACGGAUCAGAUGACCUAUUAGACCUCUAGAUUAAACGUGGAUUAGGCUGAGUGACCACUAAUCUUCUGAGAGGCCACAGGAGAGCAGAUGGUGUUCGAUACAUGCAGUUCAACAAUGACAUUUGCAUUGCACAGCUGGAAGCUUAUCAGGGCACAUGGUUGCAUCAAAAGAGAAGAAGCACAUGCUGUUGGUGAAGCUUGGAGCCUGAAUUAAGAAUUAUAGGUGUGUCAGCUGAUGGAGCCCAAAUGUAGAAUAUUUUAUUUAUAUUUUAGCUGCUGUUGCUAUUUAUUAUUCUAACAUCCUGCAGAUGUUUAGCUUUGCUGCAGUACUGCUCUCAGCUAAGCUGGUUUUGCUGGGAAUGCACCAAAUAAUCAAUACAUCGAUAAGUCAGCCAGUUAAAGAUUCAGGUUUGAGGGUUCCCACCGGCUCACCCCUUCAAUCCUCCCUCGUGCGUGUGUGGACUUGCAGAUCUAAAUCGCGGCGCUCCUUUCAGCACGCUGCGUGUGGGAGGGACUUGGAGGCAAAGCUGCCCUCGGUGCAGUCCGCCACCACAGCAUCAUGCGUGUGGGGCUGAACGCACGCAUAGCUCCUUCUUCUCUCUGCAGGCUCUGCCUUUGAUCUCUACCGUCAAGUGUCGCUACCGAAUGGGGAGUCAAGCGGAAUACAGAAAUAGCACGGGAUGCUGUGGAGUGACAACAACAUCGUGGGAGGAAGGCUCAGUGUGAACCAGAGGGAGGUGGAACAUAAAUGGCUUCUCCGGAGCGCCUUUCCCCCAUCGACAGAGGAAAAGAGCCCGAAACUCCUGAUGCCCUUGACCGGGUUUCCGCCCCAGCGUCAGCCCGAAGGUCAGGGGGAUCAACAGUGGGAGCGUUCCCGAGGGAGGGCAGCUGCAGUCCUGCUCGCAGCAGCCAGAGCCGCUGCCUUUCAGCACCAAGGACAGAGCCGCGCAGAGCGGCCGCGGACGGCAAACGCUGCGCACUCGGGGAGGGGAAAGCGCGCGUUUGUUGUGACAGGGAAUUAGAGACAUCUUUCACCUUCAUUGAUGAGAACGUGAACUUGCGCCAGGCCAGUCCAGAGAGCAGCUGCAAAAGUACUCUCAGGCCCGCGCGAAACGGCGAGCUUUUCUCUGAGACUUUACCGGAGUUUUCCUUCAUGUCCGAGGAUGAUCUGUCCUUCGGAGAAGGCUCCGGGAGCUCCACAGACUACGGGUUUAUCAGUGCAGUCACAUUCUUGGUGACUGGAAUCUCCUUGGUGAUCAUCUCCUACGCGGUGCCUCGGGAGGUGGAGGUGGACCGUGACAGUGUCUCUGCCAGGGAGAUGGAGAAGCUGGAGAUGGAGAGCGCCCAGAUCGGCGCCCACCUCGAUCGAUGCGUCAUCGCGGGGCUCUGCCUGCUCACGCUGGGUGGCGUUGUCCUGUCCACGCUGCUAAUGAUCUCCAUGUGGAAGGGGGAGAUGUACAGAAGGAAAGUCAUUGCUUAUUCCAAGCGAUCAGCCAAACUAUAUGGCUCCAUCAGCCUGAAAACCAGAUCCAGCCCAAGUCACUCCUCUGCGCACCUGUCUGUGGAGGAGAUGGAGGAUACUGUCACAUAAGCUGCUGCCCAUUAAAGCCUGUUUAAUCUACACUGUGGCCUAGCUUAAAGGUGCAUCAACAAAAAUUCAUCACAUUUCUCUUUAUAUUGUUGCCAAAUUUCAUCAUACUCACAGGAGCAAACAUAUUUAAUGAAAUGUAAACAGUUAAAAUAGCUUUUUGUGACAUAGAAUGGACCAAAGACUUUUUUCUUCUGGCCAAAGAAGUCUUACCCACAAUGCAAUUUUGUAUAGCCUCUAUUCAUUAUUGAGGAUAUUCAUAUUUAAUGUGAAAGUUUCCAAGAGCAGAGCUGCACACAGACACGUUUCAGAAACAGGAGUGAGUCCCCAGAGGCUGCAGAGUGGGAGUAAGUAUGCCUGCAGAGCCAUCCCAGCUGCUGUGACUGGGGAAGGGUGUGGAUCAACUCAUGGUCCACAUGCUGAUAGUCAGUGACAAGUCCUCCUUGGAGGAGUGCUUAGGUAAGCCAGGAAGUCUGGCAUCUGAGACAAACCCCCACAAAAAUAAAACAUUUCGACUAUAUUUGAUCUAGUUCACCUUGGUAAAUCUUUCCUUUCAUUUUUCCAUUCUCUUGUCUUGGAUAAUCUAUCUCAUUUUAUCCUUGGAGCCUUACAUCUCUUAGCAUACUUUAGAUGUCAUUAACUAGACAUAUUUUUUAGUGCAACAAGGGUGCUGGACGAUUGCAACCAAAGUGCCUGUGACCCUUUUAGUUCUCUCAGCCUUGACAGUCGGCUUUUUCCCUGCUUUGCGACUUCAAGAUGUGCUUCAUAGCACA